CACGCGAUACCCUGUAACUGGAUGCUCUAGGCGCAUCACGUGUGCAACUUUUAGACUGCCGGCGGUCAUUCACUUCUCUCCUUUUCACUGUUCCCGAGCACCCACGCUCCCCCUUGACAAAUGUCACUUUGACAACUCGCCUCUGGUUCCUCUGCCGGCAACCUCUGCUGACGCCUCUGCCAGCGUCAGCGUCGAUCGUGCCGCAAAUGAUUUGCGUGCCGUUCUUGCGUUAGCGCCUUUGGUUCCGUGCCGAUUUUGAUUUCCUCUGUUCUGCUGUUGCAUGCGUCGUCAUCGCAUCGCAAACAUCGCCCAUUGAUAAACCAGAGCCCACGAGCAACAGCAUUAACAACAAAUGCAAAAGUGCAAGUGAAAAAAGCAAAAGUGUUGCCACGAAAGAACCAAAACAAUAACCUGCUAAACUGCAGCUGCCCGAAUCAAAACAAAAACCAUAAGCAACCACCCAGUUUGAAAAGCAAUUGAGAAAGGAUUGAAAAGAAUUUCCUUUUGGCAAAAAAGUGCAUCGAUUUUUUAGCCACAUUUUGAAAAUGCAGUUGAACUUCUACUUCUUCAUAAAUCUCCAGCCAACUGAAACUACAGUGCAAUAAUAAAAAAAGGAGCGCGAGAAAUGAAAAAAGCAAACAAAAUGUAAGCGUGAUGAUAAUUAAAAAUAAAUACAAAGAAGAAAAAAACGAAAUUUACGCGUGGCUACAACUCCGAAACCGAAAACCCGCAGCAGGAUCUCAACGGAUCUGAUCGCACUCAGCUCCUGGCUGUCUGUGUGCGAGUCCGUGUGUGUGAGAGUGUGUACCCAGAGCAAGCCAAAUCAAUAAAUAAAAACCAAUUACAAAACAAAAAAUAAAAAAAAGAUACAAAAAACGAAGAAUCAACCUGUACGACAGACAAGCAGAAGGCAGCAGAAGACAACGAAAAAUUGAUACGAAAAAUAAUAAGAGUAAAAAUCAUUCACGACGGCGACCAUAACGAACUCCGCCCUAGCAAUGAGCCAGCUGGGCACCGUCUACGCCACCAAGCGAAGGCGACGCAACGGCAAGAGCCUGAAGCCGCCGCCCAAGGAUGGCGUCACAAAGAGCAAUCCAUCAAAGCGGCAUCGGGAGCGCCUCAACGCCGAGCUGGAUCUGCUGGCCUCGCUGCUGCCCUUCGAGCAGAACAUCUUGAGCAAACUGGAUCGACUGAGCAUUCUAAGGCUGUCCGUUAGUUAUUUAAGAACCAAAAGUUAUUUUCAAGUUGUUAUGCAUAAGGAUAAGGAGGAGAACGGAGUCCUGCCCCACAUACACGCACACGACGGCUACAGGACGCGAGAACUGGGAGCCUUCGAGCACGGCCUGUUGGAUGGUGAUAUGUUCCUCCAGGCCCUAAAUGGAUUUCUAAUGAUACUGACAUGCGAAGGCGAAGUCUUCUUUGCCACGCACAGCAUCGAGAGCUAUUUGGGUUUUCAUCAGUCGGACAUUGUCCACCAGUCGGUGUACGAACUGGUCCACUCGGAGGACCGCGAGGAGCUGCAGCGCCAGCUGCUGUGGAACAGCUUCCUGCCCGCCGACAUGUCCAGCAUGCAGCUGGCGGAGACCUUGGCGCCGGAUAAGGCUCUCUAUCUGGAGCGCAGCUUCACCGUCCGCUUCCGGUGCCUGCUGGACAACACGAGCGGCUUCCUGCGCCUGGACAUCCGCGGAAGGAUUAAGGUGCUCCAUGGCCAGAAUCGCAAGACCGAGGAGCCCCCACUGGCCCUCUUCGCCUACUGCACACCCUUCGGUCCGCCCAGCCUGCUGGAGAUCCCGCACAAGGAGAACAUGUUCAAGUCCAAGCACAAGCUGGACUUCUCGCUGGUGUCGAUGGACCAAAGGGGCAAGCACAUCCUGGGCUACGCGGACGCCGAGCUGGUCAACAUGGGUGGCUAUGAUCUGGUGCACUACGAUGACCUUGCCUAUGUGGCGAGCGCCCAUCAAGAGCUUCUGAAGACGGGAGCCUCCGGCAUGAUCGCCUAUCGUUACCAAAAGAAGGACGGCGAGUGGCAGUGGCUGCAGACGAGUUCGCGGCUGGUGUACAAGAAUUCCAAGCCGGACUUUGUGAUCUGCACGCACCGCCAGCUGAUGGACGAGGAGGGCCACGAUCUGCUCGGGAAGCGCACAAUGGACUUCAAGGUCAGCUACCUGGACACGGGCCUGGCGUCCACCUACUUCUCAGAAGCGGACCAGUUGGUGGUGCCACCGAGCGCCUCUCCCACGGCCCACGCCCUGCCGCCUCCGGUGACGCCAACGCGUCCAAAUCGUCGCUACAAGACGCAGUUGCGCGACUUCCUGUCCACCUGCCGCAGCAAACGCAAGCUGCAGCAGCAGCAGAACCAGCAGCAGACGCAGCAAACCUCGCCCCUGGGUGGCCAGGUAGGAUCCCCUGCUCCGGCCGUGGCCGUGGAGUACUUGCCCGAUCCGGCGGCUGCGGUGGCCGCCGCCUACUCCAACCUGAACCCCAUGUACACAACCUCGCCGUACGCCAGUGCAGCCGACAAUCUCUACAUGGGCAGCUCCAUGCCGGCCAACGCCUUCUAUCCGGUCAGCGAGAACCUCUUCCAUCAGUACCGGCUGCAGGGCGCCGUCGGCGGUUACUACACGGACUACCCGCACUCCGGAGCCCCUGCCUCAGCUUAUGUGGCAAACGGAUUCCUCUCCUACGACGGAUACGCCAUCGCCUCCAAGGCGGACGAGAAGUGGCAGGAGACCGGGAAGUACUACAGUGGCUACAGCAGCGGCUACGGAAGUCCAACAUCCACGCCGCAGCAAAUUCCCCUCAAAACGCCGAAGUCUUCACCGCAGGUGAUGGAGGUGAUAUCCUGCUCCUCGGACGGACCCUCGCCAGUGGGCGGUGCCACGCCCAACGGAGUUGGCCAAAGUGUCACGCCCAAAGUGGAGCUGGCUGUCACAACGGCGGCUGCUGCUGCAGCUGGCCAAGAUCCCUACGAGCGGCAGACAGUGCUGAUGUGGGGCACCACGCACUCGAGUGGGGUUCCUCUUAAUAGUCUGCAGGGCGGACGAAGUGGAACUGGGAACCCUGGCUCCCCGCAGCGAACCACACCGCUGACCAAUGGUCUGGGCUAUGCCUCCGCCAACAACAACAACAACGAGCACGAACCUGCAACGGCGGCCAAGUGGAAUGGGACAAAGGAGCUGCCGGGAAAGUCGGCCAGUGCCAGUACGCCGGAGAGCUACCAGAUGCAGCACGAUGACUCCGGCCUGUACUCCGCCUCCUCGCACACCACCUCGCCCCAGCAGCAGCAGCAGCAACAGCAGUUACAGCAAUCCCAGCGAGGAGGAGUUGUAUCCAAUGUUAGCGCUCCCAGCAGCUCCCUCACCAGCACGGGCACAGAUCAGCAGGCGGUGCACCCACCCAGUUGCCACCAACAACAGCAACAGCAGCAACAACAGCAGCAGCAACAUCAUCACGCCCACCCGCAUCCGCACUCGCAUCAUCACCACCAUCAUCAUCAUCACCACGAGACGGCGCAUCAGCAUGGCAGCGAGAUCAUCCUCACCACCCAUCAGCAGCAGCAGCAGCAGCAGCAACAGCAAUCGCUGACUGGUUAUCCGCUGCACCAACAGCUGGUGGGAGUUGGAUCAGGAUCACCACCUCCCCCGCCACCAGCUGUAUUAUCCCGCUCGCCAACGGCCUUGCCAGCGGUUAGCAGUCUGCUUAACGGAUCUGCGGCUGCUGCAUCGGAUAUACCCUACCAGCAGCUGGCCAUUGUGUCCGCUCCUCUGGUGAUCUGCGCCGAGGAGGUGGGCGGUGGUCGGAAGUCAGCCAAGCAGCAACAAUCCCUGCAGCAACUGCAGCAGCAACAGACGCUGCAACAGCAGCAACAUGCAAUAUACCAGCAGCAACAUCACCACACGCAGCAUCAUCCGCAUCCGCAUCAUCAGCUGCUCUAUCCGGCGAAUAUUACGGCGCACACGGCCCUGGCCUAUGCCCCGCCCACCGCCGGGGGGGCGUACGCCGAUGGCAGUCCGCUGCUCUCCUUCUCCGAGGUGACCAACACGCUGCUGAACCACAACGAAUGGAUAUAGCCAGCAGAGCACGCCAUUCGUCCACUCCAUCCACUCCUUGGUUGAUUCCCAGAAAAAGCAGCAGCCCCAGCAGAGAAGAUUUAUAUUUAUUUUACUGUGAUAAUUUUUAGAUACAUUGUAUAUUGUAUGUGACACUAGGUUUGCCCAUUAACAAAUCCACAACAGCCGUAA